AUGUUAUGGUUGGAUAUCGCUGAACGCUUUUAUAGUCUAUGGAAUUUACCUAAUUGUAUUGGGAGCAUUGACGGCAAACACAUUAGGAUAAAAGCACCCCCAAAUUCAGGAUCUGCAUUCCACAACUAUAAAGGUUUUUUUUCUAUAGUGCUGUUAGCUGUUGUCGGCGCAGAUGGCUUAAUUAUUUCUGUAGAUGUGGGUGAAUAUGGCCGCAACAGCGAUGGGCGUGCGUUAAAAGAAAGUAAAUUUGGAAAGUGUCUGGUUCGAGGAGAACUUAAUAUACCAGAUCCAACUCCUCUACCUGGUGAAGAUGUAAAUAUUGGUUUUCCCUACUACUUUGUAGGUGACGAAGCAUUUCCGCUCAGAAGCGAUCUUAUGAAACCAUUUGCCCGCAAUCAACUUACCAAUGAAAGAAGAAUGUAUAAUUACAGAAUUUCUCGGGGACGCAAAUCAGUGGAAUGCUGCUUUGGUAUGUUAAGUACUAAAUUUGGAAUAUUGCAAACGCCCAUCUGUAUGAAAACGCAAAGGAUUGAUAUAAUAAUCCUAGCAAUAUGUGCUUUACAUAAUUUUAUUCGUAUUUACGAUGGAAUUUUUUCCACACCUAAACAACCAAACAAUAUUCAGCACAUACCUGUUCAGGAUUUGCAAAUACAAAGAAACACUCCACAAAAUUUAAGAAAUCGGCUUUGUAACUACUUUUGUAACAUUUCUCCCAUUCCAAACCAAGGAUAUUACAAUUUUUAA